AUGGAGUCGCCAAUCUCGAGUGUUUGGUCAUCUUUGAAGAUAUCAUCAAUUCUCCUGAUAAGAAGUGCGUUGUGCAAAUGGCUGACGAUGCCUCUACGUGUAUCUUUUCCUCGGAAGCUGAGGAAUACAUCGUAUUGCUUCUGCUUCAUGACACGAGAGCUUCAAAACUCAAAGACCAGACGAUCAAAGGACCAGGCGUCUUUGGACCUGUGGGUCGAUGACUUGGCCAAGAUUAUUGAGUGUGAGAAGAAAGGAACUUUGACUGCGGUAGUGCCUAUCUUCUUCCAACUUGAUCCUUGGGAUAUCUCAAAUAUGUUAAGAAAUGCAGGAAAAAACGCACACAGCAUGCAGGGGAGUCAGCGGGAGACCCUGGAGACUGUGAAGAAGUGGCUUGACGGUCACGUUAUUAACAAAUCUGGAUUUUAUUCCUGCGACUGCAAGGAUGACUCAGAGCUGGUAGAUAAAGUUACUCGUUUCGUUUCUGAUAUUCUGACAUCUUCCGCAUCAAGAUAUCAUCAGACUAGUACUGGUCUAAGCCCUGCUAGGAGUUUGAAGCUAGCGGAUGCGUUCAGGUUAGAUCCAAUUUUGAAAAGGGAGCCUCUGUUUUGGAAAUCAUUAAGAGACGAUACUGACACUAGGAGAAGCUCUUGUGUUGAAGAUCUGCACGCAUUAACAGUGCGAGCAGAAUCUCCAGUAAUUGGUAUUUGUGGAAUUGAAGGAGUAGGUAAGACAAGUCUUGCAAGACUAUUUUACGGUACGAUCUCACCUCUGUUUCAGGACCAUUUAUUGUUCAUUCCGAACAGGAUCCGGCCACAAGAUAGUAGCUACAAACCAUAUUCACUAGUGACUGAUCUCGCUAGUCAAGCUCUAAAAGGAAGUAGCUUCCAUGGGAGCUCUGAUACUACCAUAAAAAGAAUGAUCCAACACCGGAAAGUUCUGCUUGUUGCUGAUGGUGUGAACGACAUUAAUCACCUAAAAGGUAUAGUGAAAGACUCGAGUUGGUUUGGUCCAGGAAGUCGAAUCAUCGUAACCACUCGAGACAGAUCAUUGCUCACUCAAUGUGGAGUGGAACACAUAUACGAGCUUGAGUGUCCUAAAUAUGAGGAAGCUCUUGCUUUCUUCUCAGAGUUUGCUUUCAAGCAAAGAAACCCUCUUCCUGGUUUCGAGGCUCUUUCGUUUCGUGCUGUCCAAGUCUCGAAUCGUCUUCCUCUUGCCCUCAAAAUGUUGGGAUCGUUUUUAUGCGAUAAGGAGAAAGAUGAAUGGAUACGCACACUACGUAGGCUCGAAGCUUCACAUAAUAACUACGCUACGGAGAUUUGCAGGUAUGUGGGAGCAGUUGACUAUGCACCGAGACGUCCGAUGAAAGUGGAUCAACACAUUGUAGUCGAUGAAGCAAACCGUUCCCCAUUUUACCGCUUUGCUCUUAAGUGAUCAUUUGAUUUGAUCUCCCCCUUCUCAAAAAUAACGUUUGUAUGUUUUUAUGUAAUCUUGUGCAAAUGGUUGAAAAUAAGACGAACAAGUAAAUUUCUGUUUGUCACUAAACUCUUCUGUAUUUUAAGAUUGAUUGUGUGUUUUCUCCUUUCUAUAUUUGAUGGUUGGCGCCUUUUAAGCUAAUUCUCGUCAAUACUCGCUGUAUUCAGUAGGCAGAGAGAUCUCCGUAGAGACUGGAGCCCAUGUGUAAGUUUCAAUGGUGAUCCGAG